AUGACGUCAUCAUCAUCUCCUCACGUCGUCCUCCACACCCUUUUUAGAGAGCAAGCUGCUAAAACACCUGAUCACAUUGCCGUGGUUGGCGGUGGCAGUAGAGGUGCUUCACCUCGUACCUCUCUCACCUAUGCUGAGCUCGAUUCCCUUAGUGACUCCCUGGCGGCGCGUCUUCAGUUAGAGUAUGGUGCCGGUAUAGGAUCCCUAGUAGGCAUAUACAUGCCUAAGGACGUUGGCUAUGUCGUCAGCUACAUCGCUGCUCUCAAGGCUGGAGGGGCGUACAUGCCCAUCGAUGCAAACUAUCCCGACGAUUUACUACAGAUGGUCAUGGACGAUGCGAAGCCCUGUUGUGUCUGUACCACGAAGGCUCUGGCUGAGAAACUCCCGAAAUCACAAAAGAAAUUUAUUUUCGACGAUGAGAGUUCCAUCUGGCGCCAGGAGCUGAGUGAUGGUAAAAAGCCACAAGACUUGGGCGUGAAGGAGACCGACCCGGCGUAUUGUGUUUACUCCAGUGGUACCACAGGGAAGCCUAAGGGAAUCGUCUGUCCUCACAGAGGUGCGGUAGUGAGCUAUGAUUACCGCUUUGGAGCGUAUCCCUAUGGGAAGGAUGAGCGGGAGGCAUGUAAUGUAUUCUUCGUGUGGGAGCUCCUCCGUCCUCUGCUGAAGGGGGCAACUCUUUAUGUGGUUCCCGACGCUGUCAUUUACGACUCUGCUAUUCUACCUCAAUAUAUUAAGGAGAACAACAUCAGUAGGAUGCUGUUCACCCCCUCGCUGUUGGAGGCGAUGUUGGACUCCCCCGGGGUCGCCGACAUGACUGGGCUGAAACUUGUGAUUCUUUGUGGUGAGGUGGCGUCUACGCAGUUGCGUCAGAAAAUACGCAAACAUCUCCCCAAGACGAGAAUCCACAACUUGUACUCCGUUUCCGAAUGUCAUGACGUGGCUGGGUCAGAUCUUACUGUUGAUGACCUUCAGCUGGAGCCAUCGAAUAGGAAGUUUUGUCCAGUUGGGAACUUGCUACCGCAAGUGAAGGUGAACAUUCUUGAUCCGGAAUCACUAGAGCCGGUGCCCCUUGGUGUAGCUGGAGAGAUAUACGUGGAAGGCCCUACUCUGGCAAUUGGCUAUCUCAAUCGGCCUGAGUUGACUGCAGCUAAGUUUAUCACGAGGAAUGGCAAACGAAUGUAUAAGACCGGCGAUGUCGGCUAUGUGGUGGAAGGAGGUAUGCUGGAGAUAUCUGGUAGAUGUGAUUCCAUGGUCAAGAUUCGUGGAUACUCCAUUGAGCUCAAGGCGGUACAAGUCGCCAUGUAUGAGCUCUGUGGUGAUAUCAUUCACGAGUGUAUCGUAACAACAGCAAUGCAUAACGACGAUCGGAAACUUGUUGCUUAUGUGGUCCGUAAGAACCCCUCAGCUGAUGCUGGGUUGGUGAAGAAAACUAUCAAGUCUAAGCUGAAGAGCCGUCUCCCUUUUUAUAUGAUUCCCACGUACAUAUCGGUGUUGUCGACUUUGCCUGUGAACAGUACUAUAGCGUCCAUCUAUGCUACAGUGCUGGACAUACCUACUUCGACUGUAGAUGUGACACUGGGUUUUUUUGAGCUCGGGGGGCAUUCGUUGUUGACGAUAAAAUUGCUGCAGUUGCUGAACGCUGAGUACCCUGAGAAGGAAAUAGCGCUGCAAGAUUUGUUUGAUCAUCAGUCGGUUAGGAGAAUGGCAGAUUUCAUAGUCGCAGAUAGAGCCGUCUCAGAUGAAGAACUUGACUUGCACCAGGAGGUCUCCAUUUUGCAAAAGUCCUUUCUCGUCAAUCCUUCUUCGAUGCAGCAAGUGAGGGCUUUCUGGCGGAACAUUGUUAACGAGGGAUCGUUCGGCAACUCUAGGGUCCUCGUCACAGGAGCGACAGGUUUUCUCGGUUCACAUAUACUGGUGAGUCUUCUUAAGAGCAGCCCUCGCAUAUCUGUAUACUGCGUUAUUCGGCCCCCUGUGGACAGGACGUCUCCUCAUGCGAGUGCGUCUUCUCCUGCAGCAGCAUGCCGUCGUAGGCUAUUGGCAACUCUGGAACAAUACCAUUUACUUGAUGGUGAUGGUCUCGCCUUGGCUGAUGCGAAGGACCGUGUGCACAUUCUGGUUGGAGAUGUCUCUUUGGAGAGAUUUGGAAUGCCUUCUGAAGACUACGACUACUGGGCGACUCAUGUCGAUUGUGUGGUUCAUGCUGCUGCACAAGUGAAUUUGCUCUAUCCCUACCAGGCGCUUUUCAAAGGCAAUGUUCAAGCGUCAGUUCACGUUGCAUCGUUCUGUUUGUAUAACAAAGUGAAGCCAUUGCACUAUAUCAGCACUGAUGCGGUUUUCCCUGCGGGGAAAGGCAGGCAUUUCGCCGAGGACUUUUCCAUAUUCGAUGCGGACUCACCAGUUGCUAAUGAGUUGAAGAGCGGCUAUGCUCAGACUAAGUGGGCGGCUGAGAAUCUCAUUCAUAAGUUCGCGGUGGCCACGGGGCUGCCGGCGGUUGUGUAUCGACUUGGAAAUCUUGGUGGCUCUGUUGGUCCUGAUGGGUUGGCGACUUGGAAUACUCGUGACUCUAAUCUAGAGUUUGUGAGGACCUGUGUGGAACUGGGAAUGGUCCCGACUGAGACUGAGGGGCUUCAUCUGGAGCUCACGCCUGUUGAUGUGGUGAGCGAUUUUAUAGUCGAUUGUUUGUGGGAUAUUCGACACACGAAUGGAAAAGUUUUCCAUCUGAUCCAACCAAAUGCGAUUCCCAUGGCCGAGGUCUUCACAUGCCUUCGUUCGGCGGGCUACAGAGUUGAGCAGUGUUCCUUGCAUGCGUGGCCGACUGAGGGCACAUUUAUCAAUCAAGACACGGUUAAAGAGCUGUGUGGUGAUACUAACACUUAUGCAGUUGAUAACAGCGUCUCGCGCAUACCAUCUGGGAAGUACUUUGAAGUUGGGCUUGGGACCUUCCAAGAGUAUAUAUGUGGCCUUCGACGAGCUCAACUGCUGCCCUCGGCCCCUGAGGGGCCCCUGUCUGGCAUGGUCAUCUCACUAGUCGGGCAGCCUUCUUCUGAUACUCUACAGAAUGUGUUGCAAUCCCAGGGAGCAGUGGUGGUCCCUGCUGGUGGUUUUAGAGUACUAUAUGCGGCUAGUGGUUGCGAUGUGGCCGCAGUUGUUCACGACGUUUGUUUGAAAAUUUCCGCUUUGAAAGGCGUUAAGGGUGCUAUUGUUACAACCCUGGAUGAUAAUGAUGUUGGCGAGAGAGGCCUUAAUGCGUUCCUGGUGGAGAUCUCUCGUGCCAUGGGUUUCCCGAUGGUGGCUCUGCCGGCUAACAGUUCCAUCGACAGUGUAGCACAAUAUGUCAGUGCAAGCGCUAAACACCAAUAGGCUGUAAAGUUCAGCAGUGCACUCCUAAUUGUGUCGUCUGUGUCAAGAGCGUUUCAAUGAGA